UAGCACCCCCUUCUAAUGGAUUUGGUUUUGCUGUAUCCAUCCAAAGGAAGUUACCCAGUGUGGGAAGAUUUUAUAAAUAAAGCUGGAAAACUGCAGUCUCAGCUUCGGACUACAGUAGUAGCAGCUGCUGCCUUUUUGGAUGCCUUUCAGAAAGUGGCUGACAUGGCUACUAAUACACGUGGUGGUACCAGAGAGAUUGGGUCUGCUCUCACCAGGAUGUGUAUGAGGCACAGAAGUAUAGAGUCGAAACUCCGGCAGUUCUCAAGUGCUUUAAUUGACUGUCUGAUAAACCCACUUCAAGAACAGAUGGAAGAGUGGAAGAAAGUGGCCAAUCAGCUGGAUAAAGACCAUGCAAAAGAAUACAAAAAAGCCCGCCAAGAGAUAAAAAAGAAAUCGUCUGACACACUGAAGCUACAGAAGAAAGCAAAGAAAGCUGAGGCUCUGGGACGGGGUGACAUUCAGCCCCAGUUGGAUAGUGCUUUACAAGAUGUCAAUGAUAAGUACCUGCUGCUUGAAGAAACGGAGAAGCAAGCUGUCAGAAAGGCUCUGAUCGAGGAGCGCGGCCGAUUCUGUGCUUUCAUCUCGAUGCUGCGCCCUGUGAUAGAAGAAGAAAUAUCAAUGCUAGGAGAAAUAACCCAUUUACAGACCAUAUCAGAUGACCUGAAAAGUCUUACCAUGGAUCCACACAAAUUGCCAUCCUCAAGUGAACAGGUAAUAUUAGAUUUGAAAGGUUCUGAUUACAGCUGGUCUUACCAGACUCCUCCAUCCUCUCCCAGUACUACCAUGUCCAGAAAAUCUAGUGUUUGCAGCAGUCUGAACAGCGUUAACAGUAGUGAUUCCCGGUCCAGUGGCUCGCACUCGCACUCACCUAGUUCACACUAUCGCUAUCGCAGCUCCAAUCUGCCUCAGCAGGCACCCAUGAGGCUGUCCAGUGUGUCCUCCCAUGAUUCUGGAUUCAUGUCCCAGGAUGCUUUCCAGUCCAAAUCGCCAUCCCCCAUGCCACCAGAAGCACCUAACCAGAAUUCGUCCAGCUCUGCCUCUUCAGAAGCCUCUGAAACCUGCCAGUCAGUGAGCGAGUGCAGUUCCCCCACCUCAGUCAGCUCAGGCUCCACCAUGGGGGCUUGGGCCUCCACAGAUAAGUUGUCUAAUGGGUUUUAUCACUGUAGUUUAUCAAGUGACCCAUCCGUAGCUUCAGUUGGUGCAGGUCCUUUCCCUCAUUUCCCGCCUGUCUCCCGCGCGUGGACUCGGGCUCCCUCAGCCCUCCUUCCAGACUACGCUCAUUAUUACACCAUUGGGCCAGGCAUGUUUCCAUCAUCUAAGAUCCCUAGCUGGAAGGACUGGGCCAAGCCAGGCCCGUACGACCAGCCCAUGGUGAACACAUUGCAGCGUCGCAAAGAGAAGCAAAGAGAACCAGACCUCAACGGAGGAGCUCAGAGCGGAGCCCCUGGGACCCCCGAGGAGGCCCAGAGGCCUCGGAGCAUGACGGUCUCAGCUGCCACAAGGCAGGGUGAGGAGAUGGAGGCCUGCGAGGAGCUGGCGCUGGCUCUGUCAAGGGGGCUGCAGCUGGACACCCAGAGGAGCAGUCGGGAUUCCCUGCAGUGCUCCAGUGGCUACAGCACCCAGACAACAACUCCGUGCUGUUCAGAGGACACGAUCCCGUCUCAAGUUUCAGAUUAUGAUUAUUUCUCUGUGAGUGGUGACCAGGAGGCAGAACAACAAGAGUUUGACAAAUCUUCCACCAUCCCAAGAAACAGUGACAUUAGCCAGUCCUAUCGCAGAAUGUUUCAAACCAAGCGUCCUGCUUCCACCGCAGGUCUGCCAACCACGCUGGGACCGGUCAUCGUCACCCCCGGCGUCGCCACCAUCCGGCGGACCCCUUCCACCAAGCCUUCCGUCAGGCGCGGCACCAUCGGGGGAGGGCCCAUUCCCAUCAAGACGCCCGUGAUCCCUGUCAAAACGCCGACCGUCCCCGACAUCCCGGGCGGACUGCCUGGCGCCCUCGCUGGGACGGAAGAGUGUCCCGAGCAAAGCCCGGAGUCUCCGGCAGCAGGAGAAGGUGGGCAAGGUGUGACCAGCGUGCCCUCGUGGAGCGGGCAAGCGUCCGUCAACCCUCCAUCGUCCGGCCAGAAACUGAGCGUUGCUGAGGAGCAGAGGCAGGUGGUUCCCGAGAGCGAGGGGGAGGAGAGCGAGCGGGAUGGGGUCGGCACCCUGGCGCCCGUGGGGCAGGCGGAGCUGGAUCCCGGGGAGCUGAGCCCUGGGGACGCCCCACAGGGGGAGGAUAUGCUGAACGCCAUCCGGCGCGGCGUCAAGCUGAAGAAGACAACCACGAACGAUCGCUCAGCACCUCGUAUUUCCUAGGAGUGAGGAAACUGCCAGAGUACCAGACGCCGAGGAGGAACUGUGAGGAAACCAGUUUGUCUCUAUCCAUUCCAAUCUGUAAUCAGUGAUUUUUUUUUUAAGAUACUCGGUAACAGACAGUCUGAAAGUACUCUAAAAGAGAAAAUAAACAAAAGAGCAUAGUAAGGCAUAAUCUUCACUGGUGUUUUAAUUUGUAAAUAUCAAUGAUUUUGUUUCUUGCAUUUUUUUGAUCUAAGUUACACUUUUAAUUUUUUCUGAAGGUGCCAAAUCCCAUUUACCUUUUUUAUAACUCUCUUUGUAAAGUUUUAAAUCAUAGGAGAAAAAAAAAAUGUCAAGUAGUUAACUUCAGCAAAGGGAUUUAAUGAAAAUUUGGCUUUUUUGCAAGCUUUUGUAGAGCUCCUUGUAAUAGUGAGGUUAAAAAAACAAAACAAUGGGACUUACUACAGUUUAAGUCAAGCUGUAAGGAAUGGAUCUUCAUUUAAGUAUUAAAAAAAAAAAAGUUUGACAAGGAAGAAUAAAAAUUGACAAUAAAAGCAAUAUAUAAUGCAAGAAAAAAACCUGCAGUUGGUAGAGUUAUUGGGGGGUAGUGGGGGGAGGGAGAUGCCAUCAAAAUAGCAGAUGCUGUUGCACAAAAGUAGCCUAGUAGGAUGGAUUACUAGUAGCUUCAUGGUAAAUGCAUCAGAAUAAGCCAUAUUGGAUUGCAGUGUUUUGUUUCUGUAGGGUGUUUUAAGACUGGGUUUUUCCACAUUUCUUUUUUGACUGCACAGCAGCAACUCUCAGUCACAUGCAUGCAGCCUUUACUGUGUAGGCUUGGUUCCUCCACCUUCACGUUUCGUUCUGCUCAUCCUUCCGCUGAAUACAAACAAGGACAACAGGCUUAAGGCAGUUACAAAUGUGAAAACACGUUUAAAAUGCAGGCAGGGAGUUCUUAGAUAUUAUCAAAAUGCCUUUUUCUGACUGUGCCCAGCAGGCUGGGCACCUUGGAAAGCCCAACUAUUUUGAGAAAACACUUAAAAAUUGACAGGGGUAACCAACUUGUGGUCUAAUAAACAGCGAAUGUUUCUUUCCAAUACAGGGGCUUGUUUUUCUUAACUUCUUUUAAAUGGCAGUUGAUUGGCUUUUCUUAAAUAUCGAAAAGGGGCGAGGGGUGGGGGGUGGGGAGAGAUACUGUUUUUUUGAUAAUACUGGGAGUCUGACCACUAUAUUCUCUUUUUUUGUACUUCAAGUCAUGUUUUUUGGAAUGCUAUUGAUAGAAUCAUUAAGAGUUGGAUUUUUUCCUUAAAGUAAAAGCAAGUUAUUGCUGCAAUACCCGUCUCCUAAAGCCAACAGAAACAUGCAGGCCCCUUGGCAUGGCACGUUCCCAUCAGACAAUCCAGAAGGAUGCUGUCUGCCCACCUACAGCAGACCCACAUGUGGAUGGACACCAGACUUGCGGAUCCGGGAUUGUUUAAAAAUACACCAAAUAAUACAAAAAAAGGGGCUGGUUUCCACCACAUGCUCUGCAGAUUUCUGUUGGCUCUAGAUUUGCCUACAUGACCUCUUAUGCUUUAAUACAUAACUGCAUUGGAUGUGAAACUUCUAGUAACUGUGUAGUCACUGUGUUCUAUAUGACAUUUUACACUGCUGUGCUUGCUAACCUUUUUUUUUUGUUAAUGGCUUAAAAGCAAAAAGAAAAAAAAAGAGCAUGAUUCUUAGAAAAUAUUAAACCUUCCUUUCUUUGAAAAACAAGCUCCUUAUUACAGAAUAUAAUAAACAGUAGUGCCUGUGGUGUAGCCCACCAAUCUUGAUACAGUAGCUGAUGCAUUGUGCAAAUGAGGCUUUGAGAUGGUUUUUGCAUAAACAAAAACUGCUAGGAGAUAAUCUCAAUAGUUAAAAGUGUUAUUUAAACCUUUGAAAUAAAUGGAUGUAACUGUACCCAAGUACAGCUUUUCACUUGUUUAGUUCUUAAACGUUAGUAUAAUCAGUAAAAUUUAAUAUAAAAUGUUGCCAAAUUCAAUGUAGAAAGAAUGUGACAAAACACUUUGGAUAGUUCUAUUGUUUGUGUUUUUGCAUAUUGUAAAAGCAGUGUCACAGCUAAAAAUAAAAUGUUUCUAAUGGUAAA